GCCUUCCUCAAAGCUGUGGGAGGUGGAGUCAACAUUUCCCAGAACUCAUGGCGAUGUGCUUACCGGCCGUCCCCAGGAGCUUUUGUUCAAGAAGACCACCCGGAGCGCAAAGUGAUCUGUCCCCCUUCAGCACUGAGUGUUUCUGUAUCCCUGUGAUGAAAUUCAGUGUGUCGUGGUGGUCCCCUGUGCUGUCCCACAGGCCGUUUUUGUCUAAUUACAAUAGUCCCAUCCUGUGAGAGGCUAAGGAGUAUUUGCAGCUGAAGUUGACGAUGAAGAUUUCUGACACCCUGGCCAAGAAAGUGCAACAAAGAUGACAGUCAUCUUUGCAUGACCGGGACCUCGAGAUGAACAAGCUGCGGCAGAGCCUGCGGAGAAAGAAGCCCACCUACGUGCCCGAGGCAAGCCGGCCGCACCAGUGGCAAGCUGACGAAGAGGCUGUGCGCAAGGGCAAAUGCAACUUCCCAGUACGGUACCUUGGCCUGGUGGAGGUGGAGGAGUCCCGGGGCAUGCACGUGUGUGAGGAGGCCGUGAAGAAGCUCAAAGUGAGUGGAAAGAAAUCUGUCAAAGCUGUUCUCUGGGUGUCUGCAGAUGGCCUGAGAGUCGUGGACGACAAAACCAAGGACCUCAUUGUGGACCAGACCAUAGAGAAGGUGUCCUUUUGUGCACCUGACCGGAACUAUGACAAAGCCUUCUCCUACAUCUGCCGCGACGGGACCACGCGGCGCUGGAUCUGCCACUGCUUCAUGGCGCUGAAAGACUCAGGGGAGCGCCUGAGCCACGCAGUGGGCUGCGCUUUCGCCGCCUGCCUCGAGCGCAAGCAGCGGCGGGAGAAGGAGUGCGGCGUCACAGCCUCCUUCGACGCGAGCCGCACCUCAUUUGUACGGGAGGGAUCUUUCCGCGUUACGUCAAGCAGCCAGCCGGGUGACCGGGAGGACAUCAUGAAGCAGUUGCAGGAAAAGAAGAAAGCAGACCCAGCAUGUGCCAUACCUGCCAUCCCUCCUGGUACUGCCUCUCCUCCGGAAGGUGCGGCGUCACCAGUGGACCGGGCGGAGUCCAGCGGGCCCCACGCCAUUCCCCGCCGCCAUGCCCCCAUCGAGCAGCUGGUGCGCCAGGGCUCCUUCCGUGGUUUUCCAGCCCUCAGCCAGAAGAAUUCGCCCUUCAAGCGGCAGCUGUCGCUACGCCUCAAUGACCUGCCCUCCACCCUACAGCGCAAGACCGACUUCCAGGCCAAGAACCCAGUUCCCGAGAUGGACCUGUCGGUGGCAGCUGAGGCAGACAGCAUCAAUGCACUCUGCAGCCAGAUCAACACCUCAUUCACCAAGCCCUCUGAUGACCUUUUUGCUACCGCCACCAAUGGCAUCCCAGCAUGCGCAGCACCUCCCGCCAUCCCUCCUCCUCCAGUACCUCUCCAGGUGCCCCCUACAGCUACAACCUCAUGGGUGCAGACAGAGCAGGUGGUGCAGUCUCCGCCCCCUGUUACGAGCGGCCACAAGCGGACGCCAUCCGAAGCGGAGCGCUGGCUGGAGGAGGUAGCCAAGGCAGUGAAGGCCCAGCCACAGCAACAACCCCCGGUGCCCACCCAGCAGGCCCCACCGGUGCCUACGCUGCCCGCUGCGCCUGGCUCGUUGCCCACCUCCAUGCAGCCCUUCCCCAUGGUAUUCGAUGCCACACCGGCACCGGUGGGCAUGUUUGGCCAACCACCCUUGCAGCCCACCUUCGUGCCCAUGCAGGCGUACAUGCCUGCCCUGGCCAACAGCAUGGCUUACCCCAGCAGCAGUGUCCCCGUGGUGGGUAUCACACCCUCGCAGAUGGUGGCCAAUGUCUUUUGCACGGCCACUAGCUCGGGGGUGGGUGCCUCGGCGGGGGGCAGCGGCUCAGGGGGCAAGACGGGUCCUCUCACGGGAGCGCAUCCCUUUCCCGUGCCUACCGGCAACUUCCCAGUGCCGCACUUUGCCAACCCGGCGGCCACCAAUGGCCUCCUGCCCAACCCUAUCCUUGCCACCACCGCCAACCAGAACGGCACCAGUAAUGGCCCCGGGUGGCCCGCGGAGGCUGCCCAGCAGCCUGCCCCCAGUGCUGAUUCCCAGGAGGCUGAGCGUUUUGAAGCCCAGUGGGCCGCUUUGGAGUCCAAAACGCAGCCGAAAACCUCCAACCCGUUCUCCAACGAUCUCCAAAAGACGUUUGAAAUUGAGCUUUAACUGCAUCCCAGUCCCCACUCCCACCUGCAUAAACUGUGAUGCAGAUCGACAGGGAAUUGAACCACCUCUCUUCCAUCACUGUUGCUUCCCGUCUCUUUGUGUUACCAUGGGAGACCUGUCAGUUUGCCCUCCCGAGCUUCACUGACUCCGACUGGACAGGCAACUGCAGACCUUCAGAGCAGAACACCAGUUAGGAAAACAGCGGACGUCUUCUCUCUGCCGCAGCUCGGGACCGAGACUUGGCACUGGGACCGAGGAACAACUAGGACCCCAGACUCGGCCCCAAAAACUCUGAUGGAUGCUGAUAAGGUAGUAGAAGAGCAUCAGAGGGUGAACAAAAGCAUCUGGACUUGCAACAGCAGUGGAAAGAGGACAGACGGGCUGAUGCCGAACUGUGCAGGGCUCUGGUUGACUAGCAAAUGACAUCAUCUCAAGCAGGGGCAUUAAAAAGAUGAGUUCCACAUGACCAACAAAAGGAGGAAGCUUCUGGUGGCCAAAAUGAUGUUUAAGUUAUUAAUUUGUUUGUUUGUCAAGUUAUCAUUUAUCAGUUAUCAUUUAAAUAUUUUAAUCACCAAAACAUUGUAACUUAUUUUCCCUUUGUGAAUAUUAUUGUAUUUAUGUUUCUAAGGGUGGAAGGAAGUGAUUAAUGCCAGCUGUUAGUAGAUCUGACUGGAGGAUUGACUCACCAAAUGAAAGACUGCGUAAUUACAGCCUCGUUGACCAAGCUGUGAGUGUGUCUUGUGUGAGAGUGUAAAUAGCUUGUUCUCUCCCCUAUUUAUUGCCCUGUGUGUGACAGUCAAUUGCUAUUCAACCUGACUGCAUCACUUGUGUACCACUAUGGACACCCACCCCCCACCCCCCCGACCUUCCCGUGUAGAAACGACACGUCCAUCCUGAAGUAGACGCUGGAAUGUUCAGGGCAUUCAGAAGACCUACUUUGUAAAGCCAAAGUCAAAUAUAGUUGCAUGUUCAAAUGUCGCAUGGCAAAAAUGAACCGAACGAGUUGUUCCGUAGGUGUGAAGAGGAUGUACCGAGGGGUUGAGCUUGAAGGACGAGACACAGAACUUGUGAGUCUUUUGUAGAGUGGUUUGCGCUUGUUGGGUAAAGGCAAGAAUGGCUUGAUAGUGGAAGAGUGGGUGGGUGAAUGAAGGACAUUCUUCUUGUCAGGAUCACAAACACUCAGAAUCAUAAACUCUUAAGGAAGUGCUUUUUUACACAGUGGUUCUUUACACAACUCAAGUUUUUACAGUAAGCUGCUGUCAUCUGGCCAGUGUUCAUGAUUCCAGCUCUGACUUGUUUUUUUCAGUGGUCCUUUGAAGAGGAGUGUUUCGAGGAGGAGGAGGAGGAGAAGGUGUUGUGCUCCUGGCCUCCCAAAGCCCUAGGGGGGAAGGAGAAGGUCUAGGAGCAGAGGUGGACAAAGGCACUGUACACAAAGGCAGGGUGUGUUUGUGUGUGUGUGAGUGUGAGCGAGAGGGAGGAAGAGGAAGGGACAGGGAAAGAAUGUAGCUGAGAAGCAUAGAGUGGAGGUCGGAAGCAAAAUGAUCCCAAUGUUGAAGGCAGGGUGUUGAGCUUAUUUUUUUCUUAUUUUUUAUUCAAUGAAGUGAAUAGAGAUAGGUUACAAAUGGGCUUCUUGGGCAAACAAUAUGUGAGUUCAUGAAAAGGAUGCCAUACGAUGUUUUGGAUUGUGCUGGUGGACAGCUUUUAUAAAAUGUUUUCCGGAUGUGAACGGCUGAAAGUGGGAAUUGUUUGCGGUUGUGAGAAUGAGGCCAGAUCCUGUGAUACCAUAGGGGCGCAGGCAAUUUGUUCAUGAUGAAGUUUGAUUUUUUGAUGUUUGAGAUUAAGGACGGGGUGUCCGUGGCUAAAGAAGACGCUGCCUGUUGCAGAACUGACUGAGAGCAGUAACCCUUGACCUCUCCCUGGAUUCCAGAAUGUGUAUAGUUCCUGUUCCGUUUGACACCUUUCGUUACGUAGGCUGAGAACGAAGGCUUUAACAUGCUUCUGCAGGUUGACUUCAGCGUGUGGUUGGUUGGCUAAGGAGUUUUUUGGCAGGGAGGCGGGUCAAAUGUUAAAGAGCACAUGAUAGACAGAAGGUCAGGUACGCUUAUCGAGGAUCUGUUCCUGAAGAGACGAAGUACAAACCACACCGGUACGAAAAUGCACGCGUCGUGAGCCGAGUUGAACCCCCUGCAGGGACAAGCGCUUUAGAAGAACCGUCCCUGACUUGUAGGUGUACAUUACAUUACAUUUAACCGUUUGACUGUGGUCACGAGUGGCUGACAGGACAGCAAUUUGCAAACAUUCAUGGCUCUUCGUGGAGAUUCUUGGCCAUUAACUCCUAAUUGCUCCGUCAAUAAGGCAUGUGGCACAGUGCUGACAUCCCCCCUCAUUCCCAUCACCAAAUGACAAAAAUUGCCAGCAAGGGGCCACGAUUUCCGUUGGUUUUUUUUAAUUGACCCUUUCCCUGUAUGGAUUUCAGAGCGAGUCCGUGUUCGAUUUACUUUUUUCCCCAGCCCCUACAAAUGCCCCUCAAAAAUAUAAAUGUAGGUUGAUUACAUUUAUGGCAAAACGAGAAAACUAAAUUACCUCAUAAACUUGAUUGUAAACUGUAGUGUAGUGAUAACAAACCAGUGAAGCUUAUUUUUAAUCUUUAUUUACAAAAUUUUGUAUCUAAACCUACAUAUUUGUAUUGUAAUUACAUUGUACAA